AUGGUACAAGAGGCUGUAGCAGAUAUUGCUGUGGUUGGGUUGGCUGUAAUGGGCCAGAACCUGAUACUAAAUAUGAAUGAUAACGGAUUCGUGGUAUGUGCGUUCAACAGAACUGUAUCUAAAGUUGACGAUUUUCUCGCGAACGAAGCAAAAGGAACCAAGAUUGUUGGCGCUCAUUCGUUCGAAGAAAUGGCGAGACUUCUUAAACGUCCCAGAAAAGUCUUGUUUUUGGUGAAGGCGGGAAGCGCAGUGGAUAGUAUGGUUUCUCAGGCACUGCCGCAUCUCGAGAAGGGCGAUAUAGUUAUCGAUGCUGGGAACAGCGAAUACACUGAUACAAAUCGGCGUUAUGAAGAACUCAAGGAAAAGGGCAUUCUUUUCGUUGGUUGCGGAGUCAGUGGCGGUGAAGAAGGUGCUAGGCAUGGGCCUUCCAUAAUGCCAGGAGGUGCACCAGAAGCUUGGCCACAUUUAAAAGAUAUAUUUCAGAAAUGUGCAGCAAAGGUUAAGACGGGCAGCGUUGUCGAAUCUUGUUGUAAUUGGGUAGGAAAUGCUGGUGCGGGCCAUUUUGUGAAAAUGGUUCAUAAUGGUAUUGAGUAUGGCGAUAUGGAAUUAAUUGCAGAAGCAUAUCAUCUUCUACUAAAAGGUGCUGGUCUGUCCCAUGAUGAGAUGGCAGAGGCUUUUGAUAAGUGGAACCGCGAGGAACUUGAUUCUUACCUUAUUCAAAUAACUGCUGAAAUUCUUCGUUUUAAAGUGAAUGGUGAACCCAUAGUUCCAAAAAUAAUGGAUGCUGCUGGACAGAAGGGAACUGGGAAGUGGACUGCGAUAACAGCGCUUAAUUACGGAGCUCCCUUAACUCUUAUAGGCGAGGCAGUUUUUGCGCGUUGUCUUUCAUCUAGGAAGCAAGAACGUGUUGAAGCGUCUAAAUACUAUUCAACAGAACCUGUGAAACGUGAAGACCCGAUGAAAGCUUUAUAUGCUUCCAAAAUUGUAAGCUACGCUCAAGGAUUUAUGUUACUUGCUGAUGCUAGCAGUCGUUUCAAAUGGAAUUUGAAUUUUGGUGCUAUAGCACUAAUGUGGCGAGGCGGAUGCAUUAUCCGAUCUCGUUUUCUUGGUGAUAUUAAACGAGCAUUUGACAAAAAUCCGUCUCUAAAAAGCCUUUUCUUUGAUGAGUUCUUUAAGAAAGCGAUCUGUGGUUGCAUCGAGUCGUGGCGUCGAGUAGUUGCUGCUGCAGUUUUGUUGGACAUACCGACUCCUGCACUUAGCUCAGCUCUUGCUUUUUAUACUGGGUACACGAGUGAAGUUCUUCCUGCAAAUAUCAUCCAGGCCCAACGUGAUUACUUUGGAGCGCACACUUAUGAGCUUGUUUCUGAUCCUGGCAAGUUUCAUCACACCAACUGGACAGGAACGGGUGGUCGAGUAACCUCAAACGCCUACCAAGCAUAG